CUGUUCUCUCUCCGCCCAUCAACCUCAGGCUAUCAAGGCCCUUUCGGCCGAAGAGGCCCGCCCGGCAAACCAGGAAAGUCGGUCUACAUCGAGCCAGGACUAGUUGGAGACCCCGGCUUUCAGGGAGUGAAGGGCGAUCCUGGCCUGCCUGGGAUUCGAGGUCAGUUCUACCCUGAACCACAUAUCAAAAUGUACCCUUUCUUCAUUCCACCCCUCACCAGUAACGUGUUUUCGAUGAAUCGUUCAUUGGGUCAGGGUGGUUCAGGCUGUAGGCGUGUUGUGCUGCACUAG